UCAAUUCAAUCGGACCAGCAAAGCCAGCAGAGCCAGCUAAGCCGAAACAUAUGUGGCUGCCAGCAAGCAGAAGGGGUCGCAUCGCAGUUGUUUUUGAUUUAAUUCAAUUAAACCCCUGCCCGGUUUCUAUUCCAAAAUGUUUCAUGCUGAACUUUCAAUUUCGUUCUCGUGCGACAAACUAUUUAACUAUAUGUAUGGUACACACAUGCUCACUCGCUUUUCUGCACUCUUGUUUUAUUGCAUUUCAUUAUUUGGGUUUCGAAUCCGCUCUUUGUAUCUGGGCUGCUGCCCACGUCCGACUGAUGAAAAUGAAUGUUUUUUAAAGUAGGAAAUGGAAAACGAAAAAGUAUAGAGAAUGCAGCUAGGGUUAGGUAAUUAUUAGGAAUUUAUGAAGGUUUCGCAGAGCAGAAAUAACUUAUGUGACCAACCAUCCUAGCAACUAAAAAUAAACAAACAAACGAUUGAUUUCUAUCAUAGUUAUUCUGCGAAAUGCUUGACCUAAAAUACCAGUGUAUAAUAAAGUGAUUGUAAUAUAUUCGAACCUAAGCUAAAGGGUCUAAUCUGCCCUUCUUUAGAAUUUCGCCUGGUCAAACCGCACCCAAUGACUCAACGGUCAAGAUCCUCAGAUUAGGCGAACCAGUUUAGCACGCUGACCCACUUAAAAUGGACAGUUAAAAUUGAUUACCAACGGAGAUGGCAACAGGUUGAGUGAACCUGGCCAUUACCAAGAACCUUUCCGCAGAUCUUAUCAUAGUCAAAGACUUGGGUAUAAAAGUGGGAAGCGGAAUUCAAACAACCAACAGUCGACAAACAUGAAUCGAAGAGCGCAAAUAUUGUUAAUCUUGGGCCUAAUUUGCGGUAUUCAAGCGCGAAUUCCCAACAUCCGCAGGGUUGUUGGAUCCGGACGUAGUGCUUUGGAUGUGGAUGUGGACGAGCCAAUUGGUCCUCAAAUUGUGAUCUACUCGCCAAGUGAAUCCAUGGCCAGAUCCGAUGAUCAGGAACCUACUUUCCAUGAGCCGCAGAUCAGGGAGGAAGUUGCGGAUUCGGAACCGGAUAAGGACAGUCGCAAAGUGCCCGACUAUCUCUACUCGAAUGCCAUUCCCAUGGUCAAUGACAAGAAUGUGAAGUACGUGGUUCCCCAGGUGGCCGCGUAUCCCGUUUCCUUUGCUCCUCAACUCAUCUCCAGCAAGAAUGGACUUAACCAAAAUCAAGGAAAUGGGUUGUCCUAUGUGGUGGUUCCCCGAGUCCAACUGGGUUUCAAUGUCCAGGGACAGUCGGGAUUUAAUUGGCCUGGUUUGAACUUAUUACCUACGAAUCUUGGCAGUGAAACCGAUGCUGCUGAGAAGGAGGAACCUAUGCCACCCACUGCCUACAUUCCAGUUCCCGUGCCCGGUCCUCCAGGUCCACCCGGUCCACCUGGACCACGUGGUCCCGCUGGACCACCCGGUCCUCGGGGUCCCCGAGGUCCUGCCGGGGAAUCCGGGGUGAUCUCAGCCCAGAAACCCCAGAGCAUUUGGUACACCCAGACGGGCAGCAGCAACAGCAAUCUCAACAAACAGCCGCAGUACAACCAACCCUUUUCCGGUGGCUACCAAAACUAAACAGGAAAACUAAAUAAACAGGAGCUCAAGAAAGGGUUUUCAAAACUACACUGUGUGUUAAUGGCUAUUUGUUUGGGCCAAUCGUGCCAUGUAUGCCAUUUGGUUAUACUUUAUUCUCCAUUACGGCAUCCUUUAAUCUAUGAUUAUGGCAAACACGGCAAUAUAGUAUCCGUGCGACAGGUGCACUUGUACUUCGAAGAGCACGUCGCUGGCAUUAUCUGGCGUACUAUAUGUAACAGUAAGACUUUUGUUGUAUUUCUUUAAUCACUUUUUAUUCCAAAUAUGCGACUGCUCUUCUUAAUUGUCUGACAUUGAAUGCCUUUUUAUUCUCUUCCUUCUCAUCCCACUUCUGAUGUUGUAACAGUAAGACUUUUGUUGUAUUUCUUUAAUCACUUUUUAUUCCAAAUAUGCGACUGCUCUUCUUAAUUGUCUGACAUUGAAUGCCUUUUUAUUCUCUUCCUUCUUCUCCUCGUUCAGCCGCGUGAGCGAGCUCGCAAUACAUGAUCAUUUACUUAUUCUAUUAUAUUCUAUUCUAUGAGAGCGGGAGAGAUGGUUAUACAUCUCUGGACUUUAACUGUAACUCUUAUUCUAUAGUACAGUGGGUCUUGUAGGUAAACAUCCUACUACAUGUGGUACAGUGGGUAUUGUAGGUAAACAUCCUACUACAUAUAUCUACGUAUUUGUAUCUGUAUCUGUAUCUGUAUCCGUAUCUAUUGUAACGAGUGUGUCAAACGUUGGCGUUGCGGUCAGG